ACGGCCGUUUUUAAUAUUUGUAGGAUGGGAGAGCCUGAGCAUACUACACACACCUUUCAAAAGAAAUGGCGUAUCGGUCUGUUUACGAUUUGGGAGCAGUCAGAAGCGAAUUUGAGAAAACGGGAAUCAGCAGUCGAUUCAUCGCUCACGUAUGGAAGUACGCUAUUCAGAACCCUAAUAUCGAGAUCGACUUCGAUGGAGUUCCGUCGCUGCCGUCAGCGGCAUACCCCCUACUUCGUUCGAAGUUUAGAUCCUCCACUUCAACUCUGGAUUCCAUUAGCGAAUCUGACGACAACGUUACAUCCAAGCUGCUUAUAAGGCUACAGGAUGGAGCUUUUGUUGAAGCAGUGGUUAUGAGAUAUGAUACACGUUUGGGGAGAUACGCAGGAAAACCCCGUCCGGGAGGCCCAAGAUCAACACUCUGUAUUUCAUCCCAGGUGGGUUGCAAAAUGGGUUGUAAAUUCUGUGCAACUGGUAGUAUGGGAUUCAAAAGAAAUCUAUCAUCGGGAGAAAUUGUGGAACAAUUGGUCCAUGCCUCUCGUAUAUCACAUAUACGCAAUGUUGUUUUUAUGGGAAUGGGGGAACCAUUAAAUAAUUAUGCUGCUUUAAUCGAGGCAGUUCAGAUCAUGACAGGAUUUCCAUUUCAACUAUCACCAAAAAGAAUUACAAUAUCGACUGUUGGGAUAAUCCAUGCUCUCAACAAGCUCCAAGAUGACCUUCCCAAUGUGAACUUGGCCGUUUCGCUGCAUGCACCAGUUCAAGAUAUUCGUUGUCAGAUAAUGCCUGCAGCUCGAGCUUUCCCACUGGAAAAGCUUAUGGACACACUAGUAAGCUAUCAGAGAAACAGUAAACAGAAAAUCUUCAUUGAAUACAUUAUGCUUGAUGGGGUGAAUGAUGAAGAGCAACAAGCCCACCAACUUGGCAAAUUGCUUCAGACACUUGAAGUGGUUGUGAACUUAAUACCUUUCAAUCCAAUUGGUAUUACUAAUCAAUUCAGAACCAGUAACAAGCAGAAUGUUCAGAUGUUUCAGAGCAUUCUUAGAAGUUUCUAUGGGAUCCGGACAACGAUCCGUAAGCAAAUGGGUCAGGAUAUAAGUGGUGCUUGCGGUCAGUUGGUGGUUAACAUUCCUCCCAAGGGGUCAGUCAGCAGUGCUGAUCUUAUAACUGACAUUGAAGAUCUCCGUAUCUGAUUUUUCCAGAUACACGGAACACCCAAGACUAAAAUCAGCCUUCAGGUCAGAUGAACUCCAUUGUAUAUUGUGCUUGCACUGAAUUUUCCUACUAGGUUUUCAUUUUCUGGGAUAAAAUUACCACAAAAGAAUCCUUUACCCUGGGAAGGAUUUUUUUCUUUUUUUUUCUUUUGAUGUCCUAUCUGAAGAAGGCAAAAGACUUUCUCAUACUCUAUACGGUUCUUAACUUCUGCGGCAUGCAAAAUGACAAUACACUUAAAGCCUAAAAGCACCUCCAAUAUUAAGGGCGCAUGCUAGCUGCACGUUUUUCUCUGUUCUGUGGCUGUGAUGGAUAAACAAGUUAAACAGUUGGUCCUUUUGAUGGAAUUUUAUGUACCGUUUGUGGUUCAUACA